UAUUUGAGCAAUUUGUGACAAUUCCCAAAUCCAGUGGCAAUAUCAGCCCUACAUGAUUUCAUUUUAUUAAUGAUGUUGUGGUUCCUGGGGAAUGUCGAGAAAACUUUUGAAUGUGGAAGGAGCAUCAAAACAUUAAAACACUGAGUACAGAGCCCGAAGUGAAGGAUCUUGACGUCAGCUUCUACCAAAAACACAGUAAAGUUAUGCCACAAUGCUUAUCCACAGACUACAUAAACAGAAACGGGAAACAUGUGUAACUACAAGUACGUUUCAUGGACGUUGUUGUCAGUCAGGGAUUCGUUUUGAUGCAUCAAUAUUUAUCGUUAUGUAGGCUAUAAGCAUCAUUGGCAAAUGUGAACUGGGAGUAUGUGCUAUAUUGUGGAGUAUUUGAGUUUGUACAUUGAUGGAAUAGAUGUUAUAUUGUUUAUAUUUAGAAACACAUAAAAGAACUUUGAAAAUACAAUGAUGGAAAAGAAACAACAAACAACAAAAUGCUAUUGACAAUGUUUUAAUAAAAACAACAUUAUCCGGGAGGAUUUUGUGAAGAGCAGUCACGUUUUCUUCCUCAUUAUUUUUGUCCUGCUUCCUGUUUACACCGUAUGCCCAGUGUAUGUGAUUAGUUACGUGAUACGAGUUUUGAGGCGUAUUAGUAUGGAUGUAGAUUAUUUCAGAAAUGGGGCUGAAACGCUCGUCUGGAUGGAGAUCAUAGUAGUGUGGUUGUAGCCUUAGUGCAUUUUGGUGCUCCAGCAUCAGCAGCCACUCAGCUCGAGUAGCUGCAUUUAGGGAGGAAUCCGAGAACAGGGGCGGAUUAAACCAUAUGGCCCUCUUGUGAGCGGUGAGAGGGGCCUCAGACAGCCUCCACUAUUUUUAUUUUGGAUACAAAGUUCAGUCUCUCAACUGAUUUAUUCAGCCACAUUUAAUUUAGUUAUGACACUAAUUGCAUAGAAAUAAAAAAAAUGCAAACAAAAACAAACUUUUCAUUUCAGGCUUUUCGAGGGCACUCCCCCCAUUGGUGCCCAGCAUCGUCAGUCCCACUUUCCCCCUCACUACGAUGCCCCUCCCCUUACAUUUGAAAGAACUGAUUUGGUCAUCCUGUUUACUAUUCCACCAUGGGCUUUACAGCUGUUAUAAAUACCCAGAACAACAUCUAUGUUGUGCAGAGCAGGAAGGGGGGUAUGUCAUACUUUAGAUACCUUGUCAUUUGUCAGUGCAAGUUAUUUCUGUUGUAAUGUACAUCUUGUCAUUAAAAUAAUUUUCUUUACAGGUGGAUUUCUUAAGGUUAAAAUAUGAACUUUUUCCUGUUGCAUUAAGAGGGAUUUAAUUGAAUUUGACAUUUUAAUUUCAUGAACUGUUAACUGUUUAUUGCAACUCUUGUUUAUGUAUGUUCUGCCAAUGAGAAGUUAUCUAACUGAGUAUAUUGUUAAAUUAAAAUGUCCAGAACAGCUGCAUCCAUGUCUUGGUUAUCCUGGCUCUUCACCGUGUGGCCCUCCUCUGUCCCAUCCAUUUUCCUUAUGGGGAUUAUGGUCAGACUGCUGGGGCUCAGGGUGGGGUUGCAGGUGGUUCAGACAGUGACUUGUUCUCGGUGGGGCACACCAUUCGACCAGGGUCUGUUCCAGGAUGGAGACAUAGUUAUUGGUGGGCUCUUUAAUCUUCAUUACAAUCCUCCAGCUAUAGACAACGACUUCACUCAACUGCCACACUACAAAUCUUGUACUGGUUUGGAAAAUCUUCCAUUACAGUACAUAUAUGCUAUGGUGUUUGCGCUGGAGGAAAUCAAUCAUAGUACAACCUUGCUACCAGGUGUGAAGCUCGGGUACCAUAUUCGUGAUAGCUGUGCCCUACACCCUUGGGCUAUGCAGGCAGCACUGUCACUGGUUGGAGGAGAAAGCACCAGCUGUAAUUUAGCAGUCCCGCCAGACUAUUCUACUGAGUAUGGAGAGGAAAUCGGAGAAAGGAGAGGUGAUCAGCCUGUUCCUUUGAUCAUUGGUGGUGCCUCAUCUACAGAAGCCCAGAUACUCUCCAGAAUCCUGGGGCCAAUCUCUGUACCUUUAAUGAGCUACACAUCUAGUUGUCCCUGUCUAAGUGACAGGCGUCAAUUUCCUAACUUCUUCAGAACCAUCCCCAGUGAUAUUUACCAAGCUCGGGCUAUUGCCCAGCUUGCCAUACGCUUCAAUUGGACCUGGAUUGGAGCAGUGGUAGCAAACAACGAUUAUGGCCAUGUUGCAAUAAAGGUAUUUCAGGAGGAGACUCAAGGGGCAGGAGUGUGUCUGGCAUUUGUAGAGACUCUCCAAAGGCAAAACAUUGUGAGUGAUGCCAGACGAGCAGCACUCACAAUUCAGGCCUCGACUGCGAGGGUGAUUGUGAUUUUUACCUGGUAUACAGAUGUGAGGGAACUGUUCCUGCAACUAGACAAGAUAAAUGUGACUGACAGACAGUUUCUGGCCAGUGAGGCUUGGAGCACCAGUGGAGAUCUUCUCCAAAAUCUUGCCACUUUUAAAGUGGCAAGUGGUGUUCUUGGUGUGGCCAUUCGAAGUUCAACUAUACCUGGAUUUGAAAAUUACCUCAAAAGUUUGAACCCAUCUCAUCGUCCUUACGAUGAGUUCUUAAGAGAAUUCUGGGAAAAGGAGUUUGGUUGUAGUCCUGGGGCCACACUUCUUUCUUCAAAUGCUUCUUCACCACCAAUCAGUUUGCUUCAAAAGGUUUCUCUACCACCCUGCAGUGGGACAGAGUCCCUGGAGGGAGUUCAUAAUCUCUUUACUGACAUCUCUCAGCUAAGGGUGACAUAUAAUGUCUACCUUGCUGUUUAUGCUGCAGCCCAUGCCCUUCACAGCAUUCUCUCCUGCCCUGAUAGAGACAGCCCUACUGGUAACAACAGCUCCACCUGCUCCUUUCCAAAACAUAUCAAACCCAUAGAGCUGUUGCAGCACUUGAACAAGGUGAAUUUCACCACACCACAGGGUGAAAAGUUUUAUUUCCAAAUGGGCGACAUUCCAGCAAAGUACGACCUUGUCAACUGGCAGAACACCCCUAUGGGGCCACUCAAACUUGUUAUGAUUGGUCGUGUGGACGGAUUUGACCUCCACCUUAAUGAGUCAGCAAUUCAGUGGAGCACAGGAUCCAAUCAGGUGCCUAUUUCAGUGUGCAGUGAGAGCUGCCCCCCAGGCACCCGGAAGGCCAACAGGAAAGGAGAACCUCUCUGCUGCUUUGACUGUAUCCAAUGUGCUGAUGGGGAGAUAAGCAAUAAAAUUGGUUCUCUUCACUGUGAGCAUUGUCCAUUAGAGUUCUGGUCCAAUGCUAAACAAACUGCCUGCAUCCCUCGCCAGUUGGACUUCCUUUCCUUUAAUGAAACGUUGGGAAUUACUCUGACCACAGUUGCUGCGUCUGGUGUCGUGCUGACAACAGCUGUGUUUGCGGUUUUUCUUUACCACAGUCAUACACCUAUUGUGCGAGCCAACAAUUCAGAACUGAGCUUCCUGCUUCUUCUGUCGCUGAAGCUCUGCUUCCUGUGCUCACUGGUGUUCAUUGGUCGUCCAUCAGUCUGGUCUUGUCGGUUCCAGCAGGCAGCCUUUGGGAUCAGCUUUGUACUUUGUGUUUCCUGCCUCCAAGUCAAGACCUUAGUUGUUCUGGCAGCUUUCCGCUCAGCUCGGCCUGGAGCUGAAGAUUUGAUGAAGUGGUUUGGUCCUGGCCAACAGAGAGGAAGUGUUUGCCUCUUUACCUGUAUACAGGUUAUCAUCUGUAUUCUUUGGCUAUUGCUCAGCCCCCCGGUGCCUCAAGCUGACUUGGAUAUCCCAGGGUUAAAAGUCACCCUGAAGUGUGCCAUGGUCUCUGUGGUGGGCUUCUCUCUGGUUCUGGGUUACAUUGGCCUGCUGGCCUGCACCAGCCUCCUCUUGGCCUUUCUUGCUCGGAAACUGCCUGACAACUUCAAUGAGGCCAAACUGAUCACCUUCAGCAUGCUGAUUUUCUGUGCUGUUUGGGUAGCUUUUGUUCCUGCUUAUGUUAGCUCUCCUGGAAAAUAUGCAGUUGCUGUAGAGAUUUUUGCAAUUCUUGCCUCUAGCUAUGGUUUACUUUUCUGUAUCUUUGCUCCAAAGUGUUUCAUCAUUCUUUUGAGGCCAGAGAUAAACACUAAGAAACACCUGAUGGCUAGGUAGCAAAGAAAACUAAUGCAUGCUGUGAAUUAAUAAAUUAGAGCAAUAUUAAUUUAAAAGCCAUUGUAAGUCACCUAAGUUAUCAUUUCCUCAUCAUUCUGCAUGCAUUCAUUUUAUUUAUAUGGUACUGUGUUGAAAGAAAACAAUAUUUUUUUCUUUUGGGUUUUCCUAAAAUGUGUGUGAUGAAUUUCUGCUACUAUCAGUAGUGACCAUAUAAUGUCAGGUGUAUUCACAUAGACAAAUGAAUAGUUUGUGUUUUAGAUUAAAAAAAUAACCUGCAUUUCGCAUAUUUUUUCAACUUUUCAAAAUUGAAAACAUAGGCCUGUUUUCCUUCAGAGUUUACAACUAUUGCUAAUGUAACAAACCUUGUACAGCAUAAGAAAAAUAACAUCAUAAAGACCCAUUAAUAAAAGUAAGUAAGUAAGCAAA